UUCGGCUGUGCACGGUGUUGACUGUAGAGUGUAGACUGUAGAGUAUUUGUAAAUUCCCGGCUGUCAACUGAAGCUGUGUUGAAUAGAAAUGAACUCAGACAACGAAGAAUCAGUUGAAGGAGAGAAGAGGACAGAAAAUAAACGGAAAAGGCGUAGAAAGAAAGACAAAGCAGCAGAUACUGUUGUGACAGCGGCACUUAAACAAUUAAAUGCCGAUGAAAUCGAAACGGUGACAGCGGACCGUGUCGAUGGCGUGGAGCAUAGUGUAACAACACAACCAGUUUUCAGAAGUUACCCAUCUGAUAUGGUUUAUGUUGAAAGAAAGAGCGGUUUUUUACCAGCCCCGAGAGAAAUAGUUUUAUCACGCACAAGUAAAAUAAAAUUUAAAGAAAAGAAAUUACAUACAGAGAAUAAGUCAACAGUAGAAUUAGCUGUAAAAAUUCAAGAGGCGUUCCAUCCAUUUUACAAUUUAUGCCACGGAAUUUUAGGAGGAAUGUCACUUACACUAUGUUUGUUGGUUGUGAGCAUUGGAUGGAACAGAGUAGAAAUAGAAGAAUUUAUUAAUGUAUAUGACAACUUUUCAAGACCUGUACAAUCAAUGUUUUAUUUUCUUACUGUGGUUUGUGUUAUUUCGUCACUUGAUAGGUGUGAUGUUGCGCAGAUGUGUGGGCUCCAUGCAAGGAAGUUGUGCCUUCAUCAUUUUCCAGACAUUUUGCUGCUGCUACUGUAUUUGUGCACUUUGGUAACAACUGUUGUCACCAGCUACUGGGAUGAACAACUUGCCUACCACCAUCAUAAUACAACUGGCACUUGGAAAGAUGAUGCUGACAUGAAGGCAAGUCUUUCCCUGUGGCGGAAUUUGCACUUUGGGAGGUGCAUUGGUGCAGUUAGUAGUUGGAUCAUUGUGUCACUCUACCCUGACCAUGGAUUACUUCACUCACGUUUAAUCAGCACCAUAAAACUGCAGUUCAGGCCUGCAGUUGAUAUUACAUCAUCUUAACAUCAUCAUGUACAGAGUGUGACGUACCAUGAGGAAACCCAUUCCAGGGGUAAUAAAGUUCCGGUAGAUUGGAUUCCCAGUGUAAGAGAUGACAGAAAGAUCAACUUAUUUGAUACAGUACUUAUGUAAUAGUUAGGAACAGACAAGUUGGGGUAACUGUACAGGUAAAGAAUAUAGUUGAAACAAAAUUGGGUUACGGGCGGAGUAAAAUCCAAGGGUUCCAGUCUUCUCUAUUGACAACUCUGUAGUAGCACCUGUGUAGGGUGUAGCGAUGCUGUAGGUGGUGGGGAACGAGUGGAAACGCUGUAGGCAAUUUAACAAUAUAACUUGCACAGGUCUCGGACAGGCGGCUGGUGUUGUGACACAGUCUCUCCCAGCGUCUCAGCACUGGCAGCAGGCACGGACAGGAGGACAGCGGGCUGUUGCACCCAGUCUCGUAAAAGACCCAAUGCAGUGGCAGAGAGCAGCCUGAUUUCGAAAUGGAGGCUGCUGGUGCUGGUGGCACUACCCAGUUGUCUCGCAGUUCAGUGGUGCUCCGGCUACUCAGCGAUGACCAAUUCCCCAAAUCAAAUUAUGGUCUGUCCUCAAAUUCAGCCUCAUUUAUACUCUGUUACUGCCCAUCUGUUUCUCUAAAACCUGUUGUGUACUUAUGUCACCCAUAACAAAGAGACUCACUCAAAUGUGGUGACUACAACCCCCUUACUACAUCAUUCUUUGCUGUACAGGGCAGUUUACCACUGCACUAAGCUAUCCUCACUUUGCAACUCACUUUCACCUCUGUUAUUGUACCCUACAUGUCGACACAGUGUGGCUGACGGCUAGUGCUUUUAUCACAAUACUCCGCGGUGGCCUUCAUUCUACUUUGUCACUUAUAAUAAAGAUUUAAUUCUUUUACCUAAAAUACUGGAUGGCGCCACUACACUUCCAAAGAUUGUUCAAGGUGUUUGAUUUCAGAUGUUAAACACCACACACACAAACCGUCAUUUGUCCUAUAGAGCAUAAGACGUGAUUUAUCUGGAAAUGCCACCUGUCGCUACUCAGUGGACGUCCAGUUGUGGUACUGGCAUGCAAAAUCCAAUCUUCACACAAUGAUAAACAUCAAUCAGCACAGGAGCAUGAACCAGGCACUUACUGUGGAGGCCCAUACACAGCAGCAUUCAUUAGUCGGUUGCCAAGGACACACUGUUGAUUCAUCUGUGUGGUCAGUUGGUCAACAGUUUCAUCUCCACAGCCAUUGUUCACCCAUGUCAUCUAUGGAUCACGGUGCACAGUUACCUCAAUGCCAGUUUUGGACAAUGCCAUUUUUAACCACAGCUACAUGUGAAUAGUUUACAAACUUAGCAAUUUCGGAAAUGCUUCUACCCUUGGCCUGAAAGCCGAGGAUCAUGUCGUUUUGAGCAGUGGAUAAAUUGCUCCUUUUCCGCAUUACAACUAUUGUAACCUACUGACUUCUGCAUCCCUGGCAUGUUUUAUAUACCCUUCACUGCUAGUACUGUCACCUGCCAUCUGUAAGUAGUGAUUGCAUGUUGACGUUGAAUGUAGGGGAUGGUCACGUUAAUGUGACUGGACUGUGUAUUUUCUGCAGAGAUCAAAAACAGUGGAGUCAGUGCUCAAGUAAUUUUUUGUGGAAAGAAUAAGAAUUGUAUCAGAAGGAAAGGAUGCCUGAAACAACGGUCUCCUGCAUUAGUUCUACUUGGUUCAAGGAAGCUUUGGACAUCUCGAAUUCACAGGGAUUUUCAACUGAGGCUACAACAUUAUAGGCCAUGUGUGAAAAAGAGGCAGAAGAUGAAAGCAGAAAUGGAGGAAAGGAAAUGGGAUCAAGAGCAAAAGUCGUAACACCUGCACGGUAAUAAAAAGACUGACAAAAUUGUUUUGCAAAAACUGUCAAAAUCCAAUCUGCUUGACGCACAUUGGAACUGGUUGCUGUAGCUGCAUUAAAAUUCCUCAUUUGUUGGCAUAUGCCAAAAGUGAUGAUGAGACAAAUGAAUGAAUUAUGUUAUCAUUUUUGCUCUGUUCUAUCAUCUUCACCUUUCUAGCAAAAUAUUUGUCAUUUGUAAUGAGCUUAUUAAAUUUCAUUAAUUAAAGAAGCAAGUGAAAAAGUGACUUAACAUUUGUUACAGUAGUCCAACAUUGACAAAGAGAAAACAGAAUGUUUAAUAUUUCUUUUGUUAUGGUGCUCUUAUGUUAUCUUUGUCUUUCUUUAAAGAAAUUUUCCAUUUAUAAUAUGUUUUGUUAAAACUU